AUUAAUCUUCGUUCCCGUCAACAUCCUUUCUCUAUACCGGAGUUUGUAUUUCCCACACGAUCGAUUAUUUGCAUAUUCUCGCGAAGAGACUAUUGGCGCGCGCAUCCGAUUCCCAUGACGAUCGAGCAUGGCGGAGUCUACUUCUUGAUCAAUCGCCAUUGUUGUUGACGCGACGAGCGGCUUGUUCCACGCCGAUGUGUUUCGUCUUCUUGUAGUAUAGGGAAAGGGAUCGACCUGAUCUGAUUCGCCAUGAUUCAUAAGCGAUCCAAAUCCUGCGAGCCGUCCAGACAUAUGGACGAACAGCGCGCCGGCAUCAAUGGGGUCACGGCCUCUGACGACUCGAUCACAGGCAAGGCGGCAUCGUCUUCCUCGGCGACGGCGCAGUGCUCCACGGUGACGGUGUACCUCACCAAGAUCAAUGGCGUCCAGCGCCUCGUCACCGUCGUGUGGCACAAGAGCAUCAUCAACCAGUCCUUCACCAUCUCCAUCGACCGCCCCGGCGACGGCAGCGACGACGAGACGCUCAGCCUCAAGGUGGAGCUGAAACCGUGGCCGUUCUGGAGCAAGAAGGGCCUGAAGAGCCUCUUCCUCGAUGGUCACCGCCUCGACGUCUUCUGGGACCUCCGGUCCGCCAAGUUUGCGACGAGCAGCCCGGAGCCCGCCUGCGGGUACUAUGUCGCGCUGGUGAGCCAGGACGAGGUCGUGCUCACGCUCGGCGACCUCAAGAAGGACGCGUACAAGCGGACCAAGUGCCGGCCGACGCUGGAGGAGGCCAUGCCGAUGAGCCGCCGUGAGGUCGUCCUCGGCAGGCGCAGCUUCACGGCGCGGGCGUGGCUCGACGCCGGGAAGCCAAACCACGACAUCGUCAUCGAGAGCAUGCUGGCCGGUCCCAGGGAGCCGGAGAUGUCGAUCGCGGUGGACGGCCGCGUCCUGGUGCAGGUGAAGAACCUGCAUUGGAAGUUCAGGGGCAACGAGACGGUGCUCGUGGAGGAGGCGCCGGUGCAGGUGCUCUGGGACGUGCACGAUUGGAUCUUCGCCGGGCCAGGAGCGCAGGCGGUCUUCAUCUUCAAGCCAGGUGCUCCGCCAGAGGUCGAUGACAGCAGCGCUGGGUGGGAGCACGGCAGUGGUAUUCAUGGCGACCCGGCCGAUUACAGUUUCUUUCUUCACGCAUGGAAGACGGAGUGAGGCCG